AUGUCUGAUAUACAGAAAGGCUCACAAGAGCCCAUUGCCAUUUGUGGCAUUGGCUGCCGCCUCCCCGGCCAAGCCUCCAACCCCCAGGCCUUCUGGGAGCUCCUGUCCAACGCCCGCUCCGCUAAUGGCAAAGUCCCUGCCUCGCGAUUCAACCUCAAUGGGUUCUACCACCCGCAGGGCAACGAGCGUGCUGGCAGCGUCAACACGGAGGGCGGGUACUUUCUCGACGAGGAUAUCCGGCAGUUUGAGAAUUCAUUCUUUGGGAUUAAUAACCUGGAGGCAACAUACAUGGACCCCCAGCAACGCAAGCUCCUUGAGGUGGUCUACGAGUGUCUGGAGAACGCUGGCGUCCCGUUGACCAAGGCCUCGGGCUCGAAUACCGGAUGCUAUGUUGGGAACUUUACCUUUGACUACAUGGUCAUGCAGAUGCGGGAUCCAGAUUAUUUGAGCCGCUAUUCAGCGACAGGGCUGGGAACGACAAUCCUCUCCAACCGCAUCAGCCACGUCUUCAAUCUGAUGGGACCAAGCUUCGUCCUCGACACAGCCUGCUCUUCUUCCCUGUACUGUCUCCACGCAGCCUGCACCGCGCUGGAGAACGGCGAAUGCGACGCGGCCAUCGUCGCCGGCGCCAACCUGAUCCAGUCCGCCGAGCAGCACAUGGCGACGAUGAAAGCCGGUGUCCUUUCUGCGACAUCCCAAUGCCAUACCUUUGACACAUCUGCCGAUGGCUAUGGGCGCGGCGACGGGAUCGGCGCGCUGUAUGUCAAGCGCCUGUCGGAUGCGCUUCGCGAUGGGGAUCCGAUUCGCAGCGUUAUUCGGGGGUCUGCUGUUAACGCCAACGGCAAAACAUCCGGAAUCUCCCUCCCCAGCUCAACUGGCCAAACCGCCGUGAUCCGCAAAGCCAUGGCGCGCGCAAACCUUCUCCCCUGCGACAUCACGUACGUCGAGUGCCACGGGACCGGCACAAAAGUCGGCGACGCAAUCGAACUCGACGGCCUCGCGAGCGUCUUCAACGACCGCCGGGCCCGCGACCAGCCGCUCUACAUCGGGUCUGUCAAGAGUAACGUCGGGCACUCUGAGGCGGCGAGUGGGAUCUCGAGUGUGAUCAAGGCGACGCUGGCGCUGGAGCAUGGGCGCAUUCCGCCGACGUAUGGGUUGAAGAAUGUGAAUCCGAAGCUCAGGCUUGAGGAGCGGAACUUUUGUAUUCCCACUGAGACAAUCGAGUGGCCGGAUGAGACGCGCGUUCGUAGGAUUGGUGUUAAUUCGUUUGGUUACGGUGGAGCCAAUGCCCAUGUCAUCAUCGAGGAGGCGCCUCGGAGAGCCGAUGUACAUGCUAACGGGCUCGCGGUUGCCAAUGGACAUUCGAAUGGGCAUGCCCUUAAUGGCAGCGCGAACGGCUACACAAACGGCCAUGCAAAUGGCUCCAAGGCAACCAACGGCCAUACCAACGGACACGCAAACGGCUUCAGUAUCAACGGCCAUUCCAACGAAACCAGCAACGGUGUCAAGGCCACCUCGCAGACAACAUUGAUCCUCCCCCUGUCCGCGGCGACAGGCGCUUCCCUCGAGCAGCGCAAGGCCGACUACGCCAGCCACGACUUUGGCAACACGUCUAUGACCGAUCUCGCAUACACCCUCGGCUACAAAAGGACACACUUUCCUGAGCGAGGUUUCUUCAUCGCGUCUCGCAACGACGACAUCGCCAAUGUCUUCAAGACCGGAACCCUCGUCACAUCGCCUCGUCCAGCCCCCACGAGCCAAUCACUUCCUUUUGCGUUUGUGUUCACAGGCCAAGGCUCCCAAUGGCCCGGAAUGUGCAGACAGCUCUUCGCAGAGUUUGACAUUUUCCGCAAUGCAAUUGAGGAAAUGGAUCAUGUUCUCAGGGCCAUUCCCCACGCGCCCGAGUGGAGCCUCGUGGAUGCCAUUCUCGAGACCGACGACCCAACCCUGAUCCACCGCCCCGAGCGCUCCCAGCCCUGCUGCACAGCAAUCCAAGUCGGACUGGUGCGGCUCUUGGAAUCGUGGGGACUGAUGCCCACAACGACGGUCGGCCACUCCUCUGGGGAAAUCGCUGCCGCCUUUGCAGCAGGAUACCUCUCGGCCGCGGAGGCAAUUGUCAUCGCUUAUUACCGCGGCUACUGCGCUGCCCGGAACACCCAGAUCGGAGCCAUGAUGGCUGUCGGACUGUCGGAGGAGAAGGCCAACGAGGCGAUCGCCGACGCCGGCCUCGAAGGGCAGGUGUGUGUUGCUUGCGUCAACUCCCCAGAGGGCGUGACUGUCUCUGGUGACCAGGAGCCGCUCGAUACUCUCCUCGCGUCUCUGCAGGGUAAGAGCGUCUUUGCGCGCAAACUCAAGACGGGUGGGCAGGCCUACCACUCGCACCACAUGGCCGUCCUGGGCCCCAAGUACCAGGCCUUGCUCGACCAGGUCCUUCCGACACUCGGCCCGUCCAUCUCGCAGCCUUCUGGCGCGGCACUUGUGUCGACGGUGACGGGUGCGAUCAAGGCCUCCGGCUUUGACAGCGCAUACUGGCGCCGAAAUCUGGAGAGCCAGGUGCGUUUCUCGCCGGCGAUUGCAAGCAUCCACAGCAUGGCCGAGCACUUCUUCAUCGAGCUGGGUCCCCACACCUCGAUGGGAAUGCCGAUCGAGCAGACGCUCGCCAAGGCAGGUGCGGAGCUCAAGUAUGCUGGCCCGAUCAAGCGCAGCAGCGACAGUGUCGUCAGCGCGCUCAGCUUCGCGGGACAACUCUGGUUCCAAGGGUUCGAGGUCAACUGGGCCAAGGUCAACAACCUGAUCCCUGCUGGGUCCAAGACGAUGCCACGCGUCGUGACUGAUCUUCCCCCUUACAAAUUCGACUACGGAGAGACCCUGUGGAAUGAGAGCAGGGCUAGUAUUGAGUACCGCCAGCGCAAGUAUCCUCGGCAUGAACUGCUGGGGUCUCUGGUGCCCGGUGGCAAUGCGCGCGACUUCAUCUUCCGCAAUGUGCUCAAGGUCGAUGAUGUUUCCUGGCUGAAGGACCAUAAGCUGGUUGAUACGAUUGUCUUCCCUGGGGCUGGGUAUCUUUGCAUGGCCAUGGAGGCUGCUUCGCAGGCCAGUGACGAGACUGGGCCCGAGACAACGUUUGAACUGACCAACGUCAACAUCACCAACGCUCUCCCCCUCGACGAGGAGAGCAGCGUUGAGCUUUUCACCUCCCUGCAUCGCGCCCCGAUCACAAACGCGGCGACUUCGGAUAUCUGGUGGGACUGGACUGUGACGAGCCACACGAACGGCCAGUCGACAACUCACGCCUCUGGCUCGAUCGCAGUCCAUACGGAGGAGCAUAUCCUGGAAUCAAAGUACGCACCGCCACAAGACACCCUCGAGACAACACACAAACGCGUCUGGUACGAGCGGUUUGUGAAGAGCGGGCUGAAUUACGGGCCAACAUUCGAGUCCAUCUCCUCCUUCGAGACACCCCGCCUGAAGAACGAGACCUUUGCCAGCGCAACGGCUCCCCUCCUGACGACCUCUGGCGACCCCCUGGCCGUCUACCCCGUCCACCCAAUCACCCUCGACGCCCUGAUCCAGCUCGCCAUUGUCUCAACCGCCAAGGGCGUCCCCAAGGAAAUGCGCGCUCUCGUCCCAACGCGCCUCUCCUCGGUCCGCGUGAAGCGAUCCAACUCCGCAGCGGAAGCCCAGCUAAACGCCCGAACCGACCGCACAGGAUUCGGCUACUGCCAGGCCGACGCCGAGCUGAUCGACGCCGCGGGACAGGUCACAGCGCAACUGGAGGGAUUCCGCCUGGCACCGUACUCGUCGGCCGCACAGGGCGAAGACGCCGACGACGCGCGCCACCCUGUUCUCCGCGUGCUGUGGAAGCCAGACGUGCACGGGUUGGGUCUGAUGACGGCAUCGGCGGCUCAGGAGUAUGCGCAGAAAUUCGCGGACGAGGCGCACUCGCCCGUGGAGGAUACGGAUCUGCUCAAGCUCGGCGCAAUGCUGGAUCUGUUUGCGCACAAAGACCCCGUGUUGCGGAUCCUCGAGGUUGGGAAUGAGAGUCAAGACCUCACGCUGGCUGUGCUUGAGCUGCUGAAGUCGCAGACGGACUUUAAGAGGCUUGCGACGUAUACCACCGCGCAGCUUGAUGCGGAUGGCGCUGCGCUUGUUGGGGGCGCUGUCAACUUGGAGACUGGGGAGCGGGCCUCCAAGGCUGAGGCGAUCAACGGACAAUACGACCUCAUUCUAUGCCUGACCAAGGAUGAGGCAAUGGUGGGAUCACUCGUGGCCAAGGUAACGAACCUGAUGACCGCGAACGCAUACGUCCUGUCACUCUGCCCUAGUGCUGGCGGUGACGGUGUCAUCACCUCGCAAGGCCUCGAAACCCUCCCUGUCAGCAUCACCAAGGGUCAACCCAGUCUAGUUCUCGCACGGAAGCCACAGUCCUCUCACGUUGAAAUCCUCAAAAAGCGCAAGAGCAAGUACCUCAUCGUUGAGCGAGAAAAGACCAAGCUCGGCUCUGCCCUCGGCGACGCCCUGCGCUCCGUCCAGGGCCAUUGGGUCUCGCGAGUCCGCCUCGAAGACCUCACAAUCGCAAAUAUCCCACGCAACACAACUGUGUUUAACCUCUGCGAGCUCAAGACUCCUCUGCUCUCCGUUUGCACGGACGAGGAGAUGGCCAAGAUCAAGCUCAUCACGGACAACGCCUCGUCCCUGAUCUGGACAACGAAUGCAAACACCCUCGAGGGCGAGCGUCCGGACUUUGCGCUGAUUUCCGGUCUCUCGCGCGCGCUCAUGCUUGAGCAGCCCUCGCUCAAGCUGUUUACGUACGACAUUGACUCGCCGGAUGAGUUUAUUUCCGAGACCGCGGACCGACUCAUCGCUCUGCUCACGCAGCCCGAGAAGAAGAUCGACUAUGAAUUCGUGCAGCGCAACAAUGUCGCGCAUGUCAGUCGGUUUGCUCCCGACGACAGCGUCAACGGCGCGUUCCGCUCGAAGCAGGGUCUGACGACGGAGACGCGCCCCCUAAGCGACGCAGGCGACGCGAGGCUCUCUGUUGGUGAAGCUGGCCAGCUCGACUCGAUCUACUUCAUCCAGCAGGAUCCCGAGAAGCAGGUGAUCGGCCCCGAGGAGGUGCGGAUCAAGGUUGCGUCUGUGGGGAUCAAUGCCAAGGACUACUAUGUGCUUGUCGGUCGCGUGGACACGCCCGACGCGACCUGCCAGCUGGAGUGUGCUGGGACUGUUGUGGCGGUUGGUUCUGCUGUCACAGACUUUGCUGCGGGAGACAGGGUCGUUGCCAUGGCGCCCUCGUACUUUGGCACCUACCAGACGCUGCCGCAGUGGGCUUGCUACAAGCUUGCCGAAGGCGAGAGCUUUGAUGUCGCGGCUACGCUGCCCCUAGUGUAUGCCACGGCCAUCUAUGCGUUGCAGCAUCGUGCGCAGAUCCAGUCUGGAGAGUCGGUGCUGAUUCACUCUGGAGCUGGUGGUGUCGGUAUCGCUGCGAUUCAGCUGGCGUUGCGGAUGGGCGCUGAAGUCUAUACAACCGUCUCCUCGGAAGAAAAGAAGAACUUCCUGGUCAACACCUUUGGCCUCAACCCCUCGCACAUCUUCAGUUCACGCGACACCUCCUUCCUCCCCGCCCUCCUCUCCGCCACAUCCAACCGGGGCGUCGACGUGAUUCUCAACUCGCUGACCGGCGACCAGCUGCACGCAACCUGGAAAUGCUGCGCUCCCUUUGGCCGCUUCAUUGAAAUCGGCAAGGCGGACUUGACCACCGCGGGCCGCCUGCAAAUGGCCCCCUUCCUCAAGGACACCACCUUUUCGGCAUUCGAUCUGUCCCACCUGUACCACUCGGAUUCCCCACGUCUGCAUGUGCUCUGGCAGGAUCUGCUCGCGCAGGUCUUCACGCUCUACCGCGCGGGUAAGAUCGCCGCCUUUGACCCGCUCAAAGUUUUCCCCGUGACGGAAAUCACCCAAGCAUAUCGUUACUUUUCCUCGCGGAGCCGCAUGGGAAAGGUGGCGAUUAGCCUCGAGGACGAGAAAUCGACAGUCCCACUGCAGCCACUCAAGCACGCGAUGCGCUUCGACCCAAGCAAGAGCUAUGUGAUGAUCGGGUGCCUUGGUGGUCUCGGCCGAACCUUCUCGCGCUGGAUGGUGGCCCGUGGGGCGCGCCGGUUCGCCUUUCUCGGUCGCUCGGGAAUCGACAAGCCUGCGGCCCGCAGCCUCGUCGAGGAUCUACAGGCCUCAGGCGCAGAGUGCUCGGUUGUCCGCGGGGACGUGUGCAACGCCGAGGAUGUCGAGGCCGUGGUUACUGCCGCGGCGGGGAUGGGCUCCAUUGGGGGAGUCGUCCAGGCAGCCAUGGGGCUGGACGAGGCGAUCUUCAGCGUCAUGUCGAACAAGUCGUGGCACACGGGAAUCGACCCCAAGGUGCACGGGUCUUGGAAUCUGCUCAACAGCCUGAAGAGAGAUGACAGACAGUCCGCCCUGGACUUCUUCCUCAUGACCUCGUCCGUCUCAGGCAGCGUGGGAACAGCCACCGAAGCAAACUACUGCGCAGGGAACCACUUCCUCGACCACUUUGCUCGGCACCUGCGGCGCACACACGACAUCCCGGCCGUCGCAAUCGGCUUCGGCAUGAUCUCCGAGGUCGGAUACCUGCAUGACAACCCCGAAAUCGAGGCCCUGCUCGUGCGCAAGGGGAUCCAGGCCAUCGACGCCGACGAGCUGAUCCAGCUCACGGACCUCGCGCUCUCCCCGUCCUCGAACGGCACCCUCGCAAUCCCACACGCCCACGACACCCUCGCAGUCGCCCACAUGCUCACGGGCAUGGAACCGCACGGAAUCCGCGAGCUCCGCCGGAAGGGCUUCGAGGGGACCCAACCUGCAAUGGAGGACCCGCGCGCGAACCUCCUCGCCAGCGCCCUCGAGGGCAGCGACGCAACCUCGUCUGCAUCCUCCGGGUCAACCGGCGGCCUCCCCGCCGAAGUCGCGGCGCUCGUGAAAUCCGGACAGUCGCUGCGCGAUGCGGUGCUGCACUUUAUCCGCAAGCGGUUCGGGAACCUGGUGCUGCUGAAAUUCGAUGCCGUGGACGUGAAGAAGCCGCUGGCGCAGUAUGGGAUGGAUUCAAUGAUUGGCGCCGAGUUCCGGAUCUGGUUCUACAAGAGUAUGGGCGUUGAUAUUCCGCUUGUCAUGCUGCUCGGCGCGUCCUGUACGAUUGAGAGCUUGAGGGAUUUGGCCGUGCAGGUGAUGGAGAGUGAAUGAGUGAGUGAUGCGACACGACUUGGACAGUAUAGAUCGUCUCUUGCUUUGUUGCUUAAUUGCUGUUUGUUGGUUGUUAUGUUUGGCUUGGUAGAACUCGUUCUUGCUUUCUUUACUCCAUCUGUCUGUCAUGGUUAAUCUUGAUCCACUG